AUGAAAGCGUUGGGAUUUUUGGUUUGCGUUAUUCUUGUCGUAUUUUUGCUCUACAAUACAAUUCGACACUUCCUAAUAAAUCAAAAAUCCAAAUUGAUUGGUUUGAUUCGACGAUAUCCGUUACUUCCAUUUCCACAAGAUGGAUUCAAAGAAUUCGAAGCAACUGAAAAACUGAAAACUCUUGUUCCUCAAGCGAGAAUUCAAGUAUGUAGAAAUUAUACGAAUCGACAAGAAUGUUGGAAUGGAAAGAAGCAAGCAAUUCACAAAAUGAAUGAAAUAAUGAGAUGGAUAGUAAAAUGGAACAAGAAACAAUUUGAUGGAAGAGUUCAUGGAGAUAAUGAUAUUGAGAAGAUUGAAGAUCUUGUGCCGAAUGAUGCUCGAUUGAUUUCAAUUAAAAUGGAUGGAUUCAAACAUGGAGAAAUGUGUCAUGAGUUCGAGCCAAUUGACGGAACAAUCGAAGGAAGUUAUUUCACGUAUCAAAUGUUUGGAGACAAUAGAAUUCAAGUAACGAAUUAUGUUGAGGAUAACAUCAGUUAUGUUGCUGGAUUCUGUAUUUAUAUUGAUAGUCCAUGGACAUCUGGAAACUACUUUAGACUCAAGUUUAUCGAAGAUUUCUUCAACACUGUGAAACUCCCAAUCAGAGUACGAACUAGAAAUACUGCAAGGGUGAUUGUAAAAAAUGAGAAUCAAGUGAAUGUUCAACACUCGGAUCAGAAGAAGAAUAAAGAAAAAGGACAUGAAAUACGAGUCGGAGUUCCAGAACAUGAAACUGUAUAUAUGUUUGAAACAGAGAAUCGUCUCUGUAAUUCCUCGUCCCCAAUACCAUCGGAAGUCAGUUUACCAGAAGAAGGCGGUCCGUCUUCCGAAAUGACAAUCAAAUGGUGUCCAAAACUACGGAGGAAUAUAAUGUCAAAAAUAGAAGAAGAUGUGGUUAUUCAUGAAGAAUGGGAUCCAAAAUUGGAGAGAAUGAAAAAUAAAGAAUGCCAGCUAUGUACUGAUGUGCUACAUCACGAGGAACCACCUGCUUAUUCUUCACUUGCAUAA